GGCGCGGCAGCGCCCCCUCUGCACGCCGGCAGCUCGGCCCGGGCGGGCUGCCGCGCGCCGGCCGGGCCCGCAGGCCAUGGACCCGGCAGGCCCCUUCUCGGAUUGGGGCCCCGAAGCCGGCCUGGCUCUCGCGGCCACGCCGAGGCGCCCCCAGCCGAGGAAGACGGGGCGGCCCUCGAGCGCCCACGCGGGCAAGGCCGAGCCCUGGAAGGCGGGCGUGCCCCAGGGGCGGCCCAGCAGACCCCGCGUCCAGGCGAGGGCCCCGGCGCUGCCCGCGAGCCCGGCGCUGCCCGCGAGCCUGCCCUCCGCGAUCGUGCCCCCCGGCGCGCAGGUGGCGCUGUCGGCGAGGCUGCUCGAGACGAGCCCGCCAGCGGAGCCGCCCGGGACGCCUUCGUCUCCGAAGCAUGCGGACCGCGUCGCGCCCGCGAGGGCCGCCCCGCUGUGCCGAGGAGGCGUCGGAGCAGCUCGCCCAGCUGGCGCGCUUCGCGCAGCUCGUGCGCGAGAGG